AACUAGUGAGAACACUGGCGCUUCGGGUAUAAAAGCAGGCGUUAAGAUGGUUCACGGUACAGACUGAUUCCAGUUAGUCCAGCAGUACAAGAUUCACGAUGCAGGCCCUGAAAGCCCUUGUCUUCCUCGCCCUUGUGGCUUGUACCCUGGCCGUGUACAGCGGACUUCCGGCCGUCGCAAGCUAUGGAGUGCCCGCCGUCGCAAGCUACGGCGUUCCAGCUGUGGCCAGCUACGGCGUCCAUGCCCCACUCACUGCCAGCUACGGUGUGAGCCACGCUGUUCCAGCCUAUGGCUACGGUCUUGGUCUUGGCUAUGGCCUUGGCGGCUACCAGUACCCCUACGCUGCAGCCUACCACCUCAAGAAGUAAACCGAUUCUGACCGAAAUGAACCCUCCAAGCUGACGACCCGACCUCGCGUCACUGUUAAAGGUUGAAGACUACGGAUAUAUUAACACCAUUAUCACGUGAUUUCGAUGGUACAUUAUUCGAAUAAAAUGCACGCUAUUUUCAGA